UGGGAAUUGCAUAAAGCUAAUGACGGACAUUUUAAGAAAGUAGGCAUAUUAAUGAAUCCUGAACAAGCAAAAAGGAGUGAGUUACGCAUCAACAUCGCUUACGAUAACUUGGAAGUUAACGCUCUCAAUAAACAAUCGCGAGAAAUGGACCCGGCAUGGGGUGUCCCUUUACCUAGUAAUAAACCAAACAGUACGGAGAGAAAAAAUCAGAUUAUGCAGAGUCUCGCCAGAGGUCUCCAGUCGGGUAAGGUAUAUGUAUUCGACAUGAAUUAUAAUGUCCCGACGUCAGAAGAGCGACAAGUUCUCAGCGCCGGCUUUGUGAGAAGCAACCUGGACAGAAAAUCCAAAGCCUUUCUUUAUUGGAAUUCUCAAUCGCCGCAGAUGGAAGGAGAGACGAAGAAUGAAGCUUGCUACCUUCAGGAAAUAAAUAAUUCGCCGGAUACUCCUCUAGAUUUCGAAUACACUUUGAAGAACCCACCAGUAGAUAAUGUCAGGGCUGAACUGCUAUAUGGAAAGAGGUGCGAGGGCGGAAACAAAGUUGUUAUCGACGGCAAAGCAACGCGAAGUGAUCAACUGCAAGAAAUAUUAGAGAACUCUGAAGCAGUCAAACAAUGUCGGCAAGAGAUUCAAAAAGGAAACAAAUUAGCGCCAGUGUGCCAGAAGGCCAUUGAGAGUGCCCAAGUGAGAGAUCAGUACGACAUUAUAAUUGGACCAGAUGGAUUUUUUGAAAAAUUAUGGGCCUGGGUUAUAAAUAACUUAUCGAAUUUAUUGAAAAAAAUUUUGAACGUUGAAGUAACAAACUCUAGAGCAGACACUGUCUCUAUAAGAAUAAAUGCCUUACCUCUUAUGGUAAACGCAGUACCAAUGGCCUUCAUACGCAUUCCGAAACUAAAUCUUACUUUCCCUCAUCCUAUGGAAACAACCAUGAACACACAACAGCUGACUGAAGCAGUUGACAGCAUGCUUCAAAAUCAAUUGGAACAAGAUUCGUGUACUCUCGACGAACACAAGAUCACGACUUUUGAUAAGCGGACCUUCCCUGUGACAAUGGGGGCUGUUAAGCACGUGAUGCUGACCACGUAUCCGCAACAGGAUCCCGAUAAUCGCAAACAUCAAAUGACUAUUCCGGAAAAAAUGAGAGCGGCUAUCUUAGCUGAGGAUGGGGACUAUGGCACCAAGAGCGUCACUAUAUACCUGGGCAACCAUGAAGUUGAACUGUAUAAAUAUAAUAAUCAUCUUCAAGUUAAAGUUGGCGGACAGGUAGUUGAGGUAUCACAGUACAAAAGCUAUCAAGGCAUCCAAAAUGGUGAAGUCAUUUAUGAAAUCUUCGUACUACUGGACGGAUCGAUCGCACUCAACUCGGACAAAUAUGGAAUCCACGUCUUCUACAACGGAGAAUAUGUUCAAAUAAGGGUAUCCGAUCAGUAUCGCAAUAACAUACGCGGUCUUUGCGGCAACUUCGACCGCAACCCCAGCAACGAUUUCCUCACUCCUCAGAACUGCAUCUUGAUGAAGCCCGAAGAAUUUGCCGCUACGUACGCUUUGCUUCAGGAGAAUAGCCAAGGACCCGUCGUGGAAAACAAACGGAAAGCUGAACAAGCCCAGUGCCAUGAGUUACCAUCGGGACGUCAUCUUAUGAGAAACGUUAUCAGCGACAAAGAAGCAGGAAGACAGUCGACAGAGGGCAAAAAUUGGGGCUAUCAUCAAGAGAAUCGCAUGAGAGUUCAUGGACAAAACCGCGCUCGAGAUAACAAACAAAGUCCGGAGGUAGAUGGCAGACCAGACAAUUUUCAAGUGGGACAAAACAUUAUCUAUCGCACAAAGGUCGUUGAAGAGGGUGACGAGCUUUGUUUCACUACCAGUCCUGUGCCAACAUGCCGCGAGGGUACCGUGCCCGUGGAAAGAAAAUCGAAGAAAUAUCCCCUUUAUUGCCAGAUGAGGAACGAAGAAUCUACAUCGCUAAAACGAAGAGUCGAGAAUGGCGCUAAUCCAGAUUUGUCCCGGAAGCCUGCCACCAAGUCGCACGUUUUCCAAGUUCCGCACGGCGCUUGCAGCGCUGCGUAAUCCGGCAAUACCGAAAUGAUAUACCGAUCAUGCAUAUACUUAAUUGAAACGACUUCUUCCUUUUUUUAUUUCUACUUUUUAUAAAAGGCUGCAAAUAUGUGCUUUUAGUAAUUGCAGUAAUGCUAGCAAGAAUAAAGUUGAAUAUUUUCAACAUAA